UCUUAUGAGCCUCUCUAUCAAUAUCUGCAGUGGUAUGUUAGUUUAUGUUUUGUUCAGCCAAACUUUCCAGUGUUUGCAGUUGUGUUAUCUAACGAGAUACCUCAUUGCAGGUAUUCUAGAAAAUAAACUAGCUCUUAACAAGUAACAUAGAAAGCUAUAUUUUAGUCAUAUUUUCAAUAAAUCAUUAAUUUCAACUCGCAGGGUUAGAAAACUGUAGUCUACAUGCACGGCAACAAAUUUCCGAGGGAAAUGUACUUUUUGUUCGUUUUUAUAAAACAGUUUUCUAAGGCUGAAAGUCGGAUGUUUCAACUGAAGGCGUCUUUUCAAAAUGACGCACACCUGAAGGGCUUUCUUAUCAAGCUUGGGCGUUAUCUGACAAAUGGUCUUGAAGUGAACUUUCUAGAUUCCUAGCUUUGACAGUCAGCUAAGAUAAGCCAUUUUCCCCAAUCAAAAUGUCCAGCGCUGUUACCCUGGGUUCCAGAGCCACAAAAUUGCAUGUCUUUUACUAAUACCACCAACCCGGAUUUGGGAUUGCUAAGUGAUGAGACAAUGAAGCCUAAAGAGGAUCGAUCACUGAUUGCAAUCCGGGAAACCUAUAAUUUCUAACGCAUUUAUGAUCCGGUAGCAGUGGAUCAAUAAUUUGGAGCGUUGGAUUCUCCUAAAUCCAUAGAUUAUAAACCGAUUGUAUUUGACUGGCGAGGCAAAAGGAGAGGCAUUUCGCUAAGCGAGUUUCGCUUGAAGCACGCCGCAAGAGAAUUUCUAUUUUAUUAGCAACAACAGGAGAAAGAAUAUCGAUAACACCCCUAAAAUAAGUCUCAUUUAAUCAUUUAGUUCUGUCGGUGUAGGUGUUCGGUGAGCACUUGACUCGGCAUUUGCCACAACUUAGGCCUUGCAGUUUUCAAAUUUCAUCUGUUUUGUUCAAGAAACUGUCACAAAGUUCAUGUCAGCCACAGAAAGAACAUUGGUUUUUGCGCCUAUCGCUAGCAAGCGCUCUUUACAGUCGCUUCUUUUGAAGCCUUCUUGGCUCUCAAAACAUGGCGACCAGCUGAAAGCAAUAUUUGCGGUAGAAAAUAACCUGCACAAGGCUCGCUUCCAAGUUUUAGCGGCGAGAGAGAUAGUAAGAAAACCAAACGCGAAUAGGCUCCCGUCUCACUUGAAAGUUUUUGCAAAAGGAAGUGACGUUGCGAAGCGUUAACCGUCUCGACAGGGGUGUCACUGGUUCGCUUGUAAACAAGACCAAUAUUUGCAACUUUCCCAGCCCUUUUACAUAAAUAGGGAAACAGAAUCGAUGGAUCAACUUCGCAUAGAGUUUUCUCUGAGUUCAGGCGAUGAAAUAUUUUAUCAAAAGGCAGUUUUCACGUGUUUAGUAAAGCGCAGAGAGUAGCGCUUUUCUCCCCUCGCUGAGCGUCUCAAUUGUUCGUCUGUAAAGACUGGUCGUUUGGAAGACGGGGGAUAUAUGAAGCAUAACGGCAAUUUUUAUGCCUGACGCUCAAAAUUGUUAAAUAAAAUCUUGCCGGGAAAUUUCUGUAGUAAAGAAAUAAGAUUAAGUUCAACGUAAUGAAAAAAUAUUUUGUCAUUUUGUAUCUCCGUAAUAUUUUCAAUGGCAUCAGCCGAAACUCUGAACUAGUGGGUGUACCCCCGAUUAUGUAGUCGAGCUGUCUGCAUAUUAUGCGUUUGCGGCAAAAGGAAAGACUAUGCAAAUUUGUGUGUACUCGAUCCCGGUAUUUAGUAGGGUAGUCUGUAUUUCAUCGAAGUUUUCAGUUUCUAUAAAUUCUUUAUAAGCGAGAUUUUCCUUUGGCAGUAUGGAUGAAAAAUGCAAACUGAUUAUGGAAACAAUCGCUUUGGUCCGCUCUCGGAAAGCCAGACCCGAUGUGGAUCGCAUUUGCAAAACUAUGCAACGCAACCACGGCGUAGACCCGAAAGAGACGGAAAAGUGGCUGGAUAUUUUGUGUGAUAAAGGAAUUGUCGCUCGCAGGCCUUUCAAAGGUGCUGUUUCAUAUCGAAUUGUGGCCGAUGAGAAGGCUGGAGCGGCCAAGGCACACGCGAGGUAUCACAGGAACGUGAAGAAAAUAACCAAGGCAAUCAUUGACCUCGACCCGCAUGGGUUGGGUGUCAGUUUGAAUGCCAUUGAACGAUACGUUUCCACUCACUGGCCAACGUCUUGCUCCAUUCUUAGUUUGAGGGUUCGACUAAAGUCUGCAUUGAGAGAUGGAAUUGAAGAGGGUAGAUUUGUCAGGGCUGUUAAUGGAUGCUAUAAACUUGGACAAACGCAGCCCGCCGACCCACUUGAGGGAGCAGAAGAUGAAGAGAAUAUAGAUGACAACAUUGAUGAUCUGUUGUGCGAUUAUUGUCAGCAAAAUGCUGAUAAGAACCCAUUUGGAGAGCCAGAGGAGCUACUAAUUUGCAAAGAUUGUGGCAACAAAGCACACCCUUCUUGUCUGAAUUAUUCACCUGAACUUGUGGAACAAAUAAGGGCUGAUGAUUCGUGGCAGUGCAUUGACUGCAAGGCAUGCACCAUUUGCGAUGGCACCACUGACCCUGAUUCAAUGCUUUUCUGUGAUGCCUGUGAUAAAGGAUACCACAUGAACUGCCAUACGCCAAAGCUUGAUCAAAUGCCAUCAGGUACAUGGCAAUUUUCUGGCAAGUGGAUGUGUAGCUUGUGCACUGCAAAACGGUCCCAAAAUGGAAAUGGACAGGUUUUUAUAAUCGACGAAGACGGAUCACUAAAUACACCUGUCGUUAGCAUUGGAAGUGUCACAUCCGCUGCUGCCAUGACAACUGGUGGUCCACCGACUAUGGUUCCGUUACAAAGGGCAACGCAGCUUAAAUCGACCUUACAAUCGCCGCAAUUUCGUUCCAAGAACGAUCAGUUACGAAUUCGUCCAAGCAAUGUAACGGUAAGGCCAGCAAUGAUCGCCCUGCAGUCUCCUACCUCACCACAAGUGCGUCAUAACUUCCCUGUAUUCCAGACUACUCAAGGAAGUAUUGGUGUAGUACAUCGUCCGGCAAAGACUGCAGUAUAUUCCAUAAACGGACCAGGAGUCAUACGGAAGCAAAACGUUAUGGGAAUAAAUAUCAAUGCCCCAUUAAUACCUCAACAAGUCCACUCCUUUAUGCGAGAAGAUGUUUUGCAGUCGCUACCCCCGGAUGUUGCUGAUUGGUCCGUUGCAGAUGUUUGCUUCUAUAUCAAAUCUCAUGGAUAUCCGGGGGAAUCAAAGUUAUUUGAAGAUCAGGAGGUUGAUGGAAAGGCCCUUCUGUUGAUGUCUAGAAAUGAUGUACUCACAGGCUUAAGGCUAAAACUCGGACCAGCUCUCAAAAUCUAUCAUUUACAUAUAUCUAAAUUACAAUCACGAACAAAUUUUAUUGGAAUGUAGGUUAAAGAGUAAAUAUAAGUUAUUAUAUGUGAAUUUUUUUACCAAAGUUUAUUAAAAAGCUGUCAUUUGUAUUGUACUGAUUUAGCAGCACUGCUGUGGCAAAUAGAAAGCAAUGUUAUAGAUGCUAUUUUUCGGCCAUAGUUUACACUGAUGAGAUCUCUUUUCAAGAAAAGGAAUUGUAUUUUGGAGUCCUGGAUAUCAAUCCAUCAGAUUUUGGUUAGCAGAUCCAAAAGACACACAAUGAAUUUUUUCAAAAGGAAUAAUUCACCAGGGAGACAGUUGAUAACAAUUGUUCUUCAACGUACUUACAUUUUCGGGUGUAUUUUGUAGAUUUUAUGAACUCUAAGACAGUUGAAAGACACUCAAAGUUAUCCUAAUUUAUGCAUUUUCUAGAUUGGUCGGGUAGAUAAUACAUUACACUUUCUAACUGUGUCUUUUAAUAAAAGUAUUGGCAGAACAUUGAAGCAUUAUUACUGAUGGUAAUUUUUUUCGAGAAACGUUUGGUUUAUUUUUUCUUUCAAGACAUCUGUUCCAUAUGGCCUAUCUUAAGAAAAUAUUUGAGUUCAUGGUUAGCAUAUGUGUUCAACGCUGGUGCGACUACAAUGCCUGCCAUAAUUACUUGGAACACCUAACAUUUUACGCUUCGCUUAACUAUUUUUCAUUUGUUUUCCCGAAUACUACUACUUCCAUCCCCUUUCCCCCCAGAACAACGCUAAAAGUAUAAAAAAGUAUCAUACAAGGCACAUUGAAAGCGUACUCCAUAACCUCUUUCUUCUUUCUAUGGUAAUAGUAAGGGGGUUGGCUGAAUUUUGUUUUUAAAACUGACAUUUGUGUUCCAAGACUGUUAGCUGGGAUUGUAGUAUUCACAGAAGCCUUUUCAGUCAAUUCAUCGAGAUAGGAUGCUGUUAAAAUUGAGCAUAUUUUUCAAGUUAGUUUUUUCAGCCCCGUUUUGCACACAACAGUCUCUUCGUUACUACUUUUGGAGUCCAAGUGAGAUUGAACUUUUAGACCAAUUCAACUUAAAUUUCUUUGAUUAGCGUAAGUUACCUUUUUGUGCAGAAGAUGUCGACUGACCAGUUUGCUUUAUAACCGGAACAUUGAUUUUAAAGAACCCAUAUAUGAUUACAAGAUUC